UUUUAUCAAAAAACCCGCAAACAACAGAACAAAACAAAAAGAAGAGAAAGGGGGGAAAACCAUGAAAAAUAGCUUUGAAUCGAAUGAAACAGAAGAGGCGGAGCUGAGGAGAGGGCCAUGGACGCUUGAGGAAGACACCCUUCUCACCAAUUACAUUGCCCAUAACGGCGAAGGCCGCUGGAACAUGGUCGCAAAAUGUGCUGGGUUAAAGAGAACAGGGAAAAGCUGCAGAUUGAGAUGGCUGAAUUACCUCAAACCCGACAUCAAGCGCGGGAAUCUAACUCCUCAAGAACAGCUUCUGAUCCUCGAACUUCACUCUAAGUGGGGAAAUAGGUGGUCUAAGAUUGCGCAACAUUUACCGGGAAGAACAGACAACGAGAUCAAGAACUAUUGGAGAACGAGAGUUCAGAAACAGGCUCGGCAACUCAACAUAGAAUCCAACAGCGAGAAAUUCUUCGACGCUGUCCGGAGUUUCUGGAUGCCGAGAUUGCUCGAGAAAAUGGAGCAGCAGAACUCGUCAUCCGACUCGGCUUCUUGUUCGUCGCGGCCGAGCGAUAACUGUCCGCGUGGCUCUGAUGAUCUUCUUCUUCCCUCGCAAUCAUUGAACCCUAACGAACACUGUUCAAGCUCCACGCCCGAUUUCGAGACAGUUCCGCAACUGAUGGAUCUGUCUGAUCAGAAUUUAAUGCAGUUUCAUGGAGGAAGUCAGUGUGUAAGUGAGGAGGAAUAUGGGUAUGGACACCACCACCACCACUUUCAUGGGUUUGAGGAUUACAUGGCUUCUUCUAUGGGCAAUUUAGACAUUUCACCUUUGGAAUGCCACGUGGAGGACGGUGAUUCGAUGAUGUACGAGGAUGUGACACAGGAUCCGAUGUGGAACAUGGAUGACAUUUGGCAGUUUAGGGAGUAGGCAAAGCUGGGGCCAACAAUCCCUUAGUUGUCUGGAUAAUGCAAUCAAUUUAAUUUGGACCCACCACCACAAUUCCUAAUUAUAAUCCCUGGCCUUCAUUUAUAUUUUAAUUUAUACGAUCCAAAGUUUGUUGGAUCUUUAUACACGAUAUUUUGUUCUAGAUUUCAUGGAUAUUAAUUGUAUCUGAAAAAAGGGUUCUUGUAAUAUAUUGUUGUUUCCAUGCAAAAGGUCUUAUAUAUAUUUAUAUAU